GUCCUGCUGGCAGUUGACUGUGGGCUCUGGCUUCUGGUGGCCCUGGUUUGAAUCCUAGCCCAGUGCUAGCCCUAUGCCUGAACAUCACACUGGCUUGGAGCCAGUUUUGGACCUCUCUUUGCUUUCAUUUCUUCAUCGGUAGAAUGACCUCCCCUCUUCUCUGUCUGUACUAUUCAUCUAGCAGCUUCAACCUCUUUGCCUAAUGGUGACUCCUGGGUGUCUGUUUUCAGCCUGGAUCUGUCCUGAACUGCAGGGCAAUAUAUCUAAUGGUUUACUCUACUUUGAAGUCCAGCUAACAUCCAGAGUUCAAACAGGCUUGUGGUCUCAUCUGUUGAGCCUCUAAACCCAGUUGAUGGCUGGUACUUCUCUCCAGGGAUUCAGAACAAAUACCUUGGAAUUGUCCGUGACUCGUGCCUUUUCUCUUGUAUGUAUAGUUUAUUUGCCAGCAGAUCCAUUAACUUUCAGUGUCAGGUGCUGUGGUGCACAUCUGUAAUCCUAGCUACUUGGGAGGUUGAGGCAGAAGGAUCAAAAGUUUGAGGCCAGCCCAGGCAGCUUAGUGAGGCUCUGUCUGGGGUUGAGGGGAGGGCUGGGCAUGCAGCUCAGUGGCAGAGUGCUUUCAGUCCCCAGUACUGCAAACAAAAAUGAACACACAGAUCCAAGAUCCAACCGGUUCUCAGCAGCACUCUUGCUACCAUUCAGGGUCAGGCCAUCUCCUGUACUUACCUAUUCUGUUGGAGCAAUCUCACUGGGCUCCCUGCCAGUGCCCUUGACCCCCUAUUCAGAUCAUACUGCUGCUUUGUUCCCCCUCCUGGUUCCUGUCUGACUUGGCAAGAGCCCCCACUAUGCCUACAAGGCCCCCAAGGAGUCCAGCUUCUUCCUUACUCCUCUCAACUCUCACCCCUCUGCAUCCCCCUUGCUCACACUUCGAGCUGCCAUGGCUUCCUACUGUCCUUUGCACAGAGCAAGUGUAUUGUUACCUCAGGGCCUUUGUUCUUGUCUGUAUGACUUCUCCCUGUCCUUUAGGUCUGUUCAUAUGUUAACUUCACAGACAAGUCCUUGCUGACCACUAAAGCUUGCUUAGCUCCUGGCCCUGCCUGACUCCUCAGCUGGCUUAAUUUUCCUCCUAACACUAUUACCUGAAAUAGAUUAUUUGUUGCAUCUACUGGGCUUCUUAGACCUGCCUACUCCACUGGCUCCAUGUGGCACUGGAAGGGCACAUAGGUGCGCAAAGUAUCCUCUGUGCAAGUGGUGGUGAGUGUGCACACCACAGUUAGCUGUUUGUUAUCUUAGCUCUAAAAGAUUUGCUGUCAUUGCCAUCUUUACCACUUCUUGGGUCUCCCUGUGAUGUGCACAGGGUUGCUAAGCUGGGAGGGUCGAGUGUCAGUUGGUAGAGUCAGAGUAGAACAGUAACCUGGACAGAUCGUGGUAGCAAAGGGCAAAGGAUCUCAAAUUCAGUGCCUGAAGGAGCUUGCAGGAAACACAUUCCUACUCCCCUGCUCCUCCUUGGGCUUUUGCCGGUCGAGACCAGGACCAGGAACAGUGCCCAUGGUCAGGCUGAUUUCCACAACCCAAGCUCUGAGUAGAUUGGCUCAGAGUUUGGGCUGGAGGGAAGUGACUUGACUGACUUGUCGAGCCCGAGCCCCUCCUCUUUGGCAGACUUUCCGCUGAGCAGUGUUGGGAAUGCUGGUGACCCAGCUUGGGAGUAGGGCAUCUGGCAGGAGGGGAUGGAGCUGCUGCCUGCAGGGUGACCAGGAAGGAGCUGCGGAGAGAAGACCUUGGCGGUCUCCUCAGUGGCCAUGACCCUGGUCUGUGGCCCCGCCCAUUACAUUGUUAGUCACUAUGUCAGGACAGGACUGAGAGUACAAGAAUAACAGCUUUGCCCUCUCAACUCGUGGUUUAUCUGCUAGGAAUGCGGUCACCUGGGCGGUGGCAAGAAUGCCAGGUCGGACUAGAGUAUGUGGUGCUGGGUCUGCAGGGAGCUGCCAGGGUGGUGAUUUGGCCAUGUCUGCUGUGGGAGGUGGUGUGGAUUUGCCUCUAAGGAGUCUGACAUGGAGGGGAGAAUUGGCCCUGGGUUGGGGGCCCAGAAGCCUGUGAACAUCCCAGGAACGGGUUUGGAAGGAGGAACCAGGGAGACGAUGUAACACUGGAGAGCAGAAGGGGUCACCUUAGUGAAAGGUGACAGGGAGAGAGGGCUGUAGGCAGAGAAAUUGAGUGUACCUGAGCUGAAGCUUUGAUGUCAUGAAAACUGGUGCCAGUUUUGUGAGCCAGAAUGGGGCACUGGGGCGUCCACAGCCGCUGGGCUGGUUGGUGACGUCACGAGUCGGUAGGGGCGGGGCCUCGAGGCGAGGGGAGGCCAGGUCCGGAGGCUUGAAGCCCAGAAGCAGAGCUGGGAGAGAGUUGGGGCUGGAAUGAAAUCAGCGACCAGGAUGGGACACUGGUCACAAAGCGAGGAUGGAGGGUACAGUGACCCUGGCCAUGGACCAGCCAGCUGGCCUACAGGUGGACUAUGUCUUCCGGGGUGUGGAGCAUGCCGUGCGUGUGGCGGUUUCUGGGCAGGUCCUGGAGCUGGAGGUGGAGGACCGGAUGACGGCAGACCAGUGGCGGGGCGAGUUUGAUGCCAGCUUCAUUGAAGAUCUGACCCACAAGACAGGGAACUUCAAACAGUUCAGCAUCUUCUGCAACAUGCUGGAGUCAGCCCUCACCCAGAGCAGUGAGUCAGUCACCCUCGACCUGCUGACCUACACGGACCUGGAGACCCUGCGAAACCGCAAGCUGGGCAGCCGCCCGGGCACCUUGGCCCCCAGGUCAGCCCAGCUCAACUCCAAGCGCUACCUGAUCCUCAUCUACUCUGUGGAGUUCGACAGGAUUCACUACCCGCUGCCCCUCCCGUACCAGGGCAAGCCAGACCCUGUGGUCCUACAGGGCAUCAUCCGAUCGCUGAAGGAGGAGCUGAGUCGCCUUCGCGGGCUAGAUGUCCGGGAUGCACGGGACACGCGGGAUACGGAGAUCUGGCACCUGCGGGAGCAAGUGUCCCGCCUGGCAUCCGAGAAGCGAGAACUGGAGGUACAGCUGGGCCGCUCACGGGAGGAGGCGCUGGCAGGCCGGGCAGCGCGCCAGGAGGCCGAGCAGCUGCGCGGGCUGGUGCGCAGCCUGGAGCUGGAGCUGCGGCAGGAGCGCGGCCUCGGACACAGGGCGCCCGCCCGCCGGGGCCAGGACUGCCGUCGCCUGGCCAAGGAGCUUGAGGAAGUGAAGGCGUCGGAGCGCAGCCUGCGAGCCCGGCUGAAGACGCUGACCAGCGAGCUGGCCUUGUACAAAAGGGGGAGGCCUACUCCGCCGGCGGGGCUGCCCGCGGCCCGGCAGGACCGGGCUUCGUCGUCGCGCGAGCGCUCCACAUCGCGGGGCCGCGGGGCCGCCCGCUCCUCCUCGCGCGAGAGCGGCCGCGGGGCCCGGGGUCGGGGCCGGGCCGCCCGCCCCUCGCCGUCGCCCCCAGGUGGGCGCGCGCCGCGCUUCGACCCCACGGCCUUCGUGAAAGCCAAGGAAAAGAAGCAGAAGGAGAUCAGGAUGAAGCAGCAGCAGCAGCGGAACCGAUUGGGUAGUGGAGGAAGCGGGGACGGUCCGUCCGUCUCGUGGUCUCGCCAGGCCCGGCCUCCCGCUGCUGUGACCAGCCGAGGGGACACAGCCAACCGCUCUCGACACCGCAGCUCCUCUGUGGACAGUUUCCGCAGCCGCUGCUCCUCGGUCAGCUCCUGCAGCGAGUUUGAGGAUUUCACCGAGUCGCGCUCCAGAGGCCUUCGCUGUCACCGCCGUGGAAAGCCACCCAGCCCCACACCUUGGAGUGGGUCUAAUACAAAGUCUACCCCUCGGGAAUGCAGUAAUCAGAGACGCCUCACUGGUUCAGGAGGCUGGGUCCCCAUCAGAGAAUACAGCUCGGACCACCAGGCAGUUGACAUGGCUGAAAUAGAUGCCCGCCUGAAGGCCUUGCAGGAAUACAUGAACCGGCUGGACACUCAGUCAUGACCAUGGAGAGCUGGCACUGCCUCUCCACCCCUGCCCACCAGUGGGUAUGGCAUAGGGAAGGGCCAGGACCAGGGCUGCCUUCCAGCCUCACCUAAACCCCGCCCCUCCAGGGGUCUCAGGUGUGUGAGGCCUUAACCCUGCCCUCUCUCCAGGCAGUGGGAGGGAGGGUGUGUACAUUUUGUAAAUAAACAUGUUUGUCCUAGGGA